AUGCUCGAGGUCCAGGGGUAUUCUGACCCCAUGACUCCCCGUGACGCCCUCACCGAGUUUCUGAUUGAAAAUAUCGGUCUACUUGACCUUCCGGCAAUGACAAUCGGUCGGCGCACACCUUGUUUGGAGAUCUGGUUUCGUUGCGUGAUGCCUUUGGGUCGGACUGGCAUUGAGCCAACUUCCGGCCUACCUCGUACCCUUCUUGAUAUCUACUCAAAUAUAGGCUCCCCGUCCGCGGAGACGCAAUUCACCCUCUGGACUCCAGGAAAAGCAGAAAUCAUCAUCCAGUAUCAGUAUUGGGAGGCCUAUCGCCUCGCCGGAAUCAUUGUUGCCCGGUCCCUGUUCUACAUCGACACUUGGCAAGGCCAUACCAGUAGUAAUGGCUGUUCCAACCGUCUCGCGUUAGACGAUGACAUUGAGAGCUUGAUCUGUCGGAUUCUUGCAUGUGCCAAAGCCCUGCGGACAGCCAAAGAAGAAGAUCCCUUCCAGAACCCAUUAUAUCACUGCAUUCUCGCUCCCCUGUUCAUGGCGGCGCUCAGUGCGCCUGCCUCGUCGGCGUGCAGAGAUCCGGCAGCGGAAGAAUUCAAGAACUUCGUAGAUGAAAGGAACCACCCAGUUGAUCAGGCUCUGUGGGGGAUUGUCUUGGAGGUUUGGGAUCGCCAACGAGAACGGCCGCAGUGUGUACCUCUAUCUCUCGCAAACGAAUUUGCGCAGGAGAUGGAAAUCGAGCUCCAUUUAUAUUAG